AUUUUCGUUUUGUUUCAGAUAAAUGAUGAUAGAACCAUGAUUUAAAUAAUGAGGGUUCCAAAACACUAUGGAGAAUGAUAGAAUCUGCAAGCUCGAGUUUCUCAACCUCGACGACAAUGAAGAGUACGGUUCCCUGUCGGAGUCGGAUAGACAUGUUCUAAUCUCUAUCUCCAGGUAUGAAGACUCACCUAGAGUCGAACCUGCUGACUCGAGGCCCGUUGAAAUCUCCACGAGUCGCGAGGAGUCAGUGGAGAUUGAGUUUGGUUGUGCGUCCGAGGUGUUUAAUAGCAUAAAUGCGGGAAAAUUUAAUCCGUCCCUUCCGGGGUCUGCACUCACAGGUUCGGAUGAUUUUAGUCAGGGUCUUGGAUCCAAUCCAGUUGUAGGCGGAGGAGUAGUGCAACAACAACAACAACAUAUUCACAUCAACAACUAUACUGCUAACCUCACCUACCAUGCACCAGGCUCAACUCAUUCCAAUCUUGGAUCUCGUCCUGAUUCUCUGGGAUCUGGACCCGUUCCGGGGGAUCCGGUUCCGUUUGCUAACUACCAGAUGAACUACGUGGCUCCGUUCCCUCCGGUAUCAACCCUCCCCGUGUUCCCUCUUCCUCCUAGUCAUUCGUUCCUGCUUUAUCCUCCGUUCCUGUAUCCACAGAACCAACCGCAGCCACAUGUACCUAGGAAACCAGAACCAGGAAAUUCAAGGUUUGGAUCUAUCCCGGUGGUAUCAAUUCGGCAAUCAAGCUCCGAUGAGGAGCAAGAGGAGAAAAUCCAUCCUGUUAAUGGAGUUCCCAACGAAAGAGUCCCGGAGAGAGCCGGAGAAACUAUUGGUUGUGAUGUUCCGGCGGUUAAAGAUGAGAUGUGCUCCAGAAUCUCGAACCAUGAUACAGAGGUUGAAAUCAUAUGUCGGGAGAUUGAAACCAAGGAAAACACGAAACUUAAGGAUGAACAUCUGCUUGAAAAGGGUCAGGAUCAGGUUCAAGGUUUGCCCAAAAGAGACGAAUAUUUGUUGAGUCUGGUUCAUCAACCCACACCUCCUCCCUUCCCUAGAGUCUCUCAGGGAUCAACUGCUUCCAGAAACAGUUCUCAAAACGAAUCUCAGGGUUCUUCCAAGCUCUGGUCCUCUCUGUUUUCCGGUAGUGAUCCCAGCUCGGAGCGUAUUCCUUCAGAUAAACCUAUGGCUAGAAUCCAACCUUUCUCCACUAAACAAGAGAUACGGGCCGGAAACCCCGGGGCUCAUCAGGUAACCCAAGAGCAGCGAGCUCUAGGAGAAUACUUGAACCAAUAUCAACUAAACCAUGUUGCUCCCUCUAUCCUACCCAGGGGGUUGAUAAACCGAUCCAACUGGUGUUUUGUCAACGCAAUAUUACAAGCUUUAAUAGCUUGUCCUCCCUUCUUUAACCUCAUCAAGGAAGUACAAAAACUACUUGGAUCCGCUCCCGUCCUGUUAAAAUCCAUCACGCCCAUGCUGGACUCAUUGGUUGAGGUUGUCCGAGAGUUUGGUCCUUUACAGGAGGACUUCAGGAACCAAAAGAGAGAUAAAUCCCGGAGCAGAGAAGAUCUUCCUGUUGGGAACCCUUUUGAGCCCAGCUCCGUGUACAAGGUUCUACUGGAGUCAGAAUCCUUCAAGGUGAAAGAAGGAAGGCAGGAGGAUGCGGAGGAGUUCUUGAGCUGUCUACUGAACAUGCUGGAGGAGGAGAUGAGAACCUUGAUCAAUUUCACACAUUCUCAAUUGACUGAGAAUAUUCAGGUUGAAGGACUAGAGGAGAUAAAGGAACCUGUGGUAACACCAAUUCAAAAUAUGGCUUCAGGUUUGAUCCGAAGCAUUGUUAGAAUAAAGAGCGGAGACUCAUCCUUCAAUCUCCAGCCGUUCUUCACCCUCCAGCUAGAUAUUCAGAACCCUGGUGUGAACAGUGUUCAGGACGCACUUUGUCUCAACUUCGCAUCGGAGAAAAUAGACGGAUACGUUUGUCCUAAAUCUGGGAAAGUGACAGAAGCGUCUCGAACCAUGAGCUUGGAGGAUCUGCCUCCGAUUCUUAUCCUCCAUCUCAAGAGGAUGGUUUACGAUGGUUCUACUGGAGGAUGUCAGAAGGUUAUGAAAGAAAUAUCCUUCCCUGUUGACCUCGAGAUAAGCCGAGAUAUUAUGUCUCCGAACACGAGGACAAAAUUUGGAUCUCGACAGAAGCAGUACAAGUUGUUCGCUGUUGUUUAUCAUAACGGUCUCGAGGCUACUAAAGGACAUUAUCUUACCGAUGUCUAUCAUACAGGAUACUCCUGCUGGCUCCACUGUGACGACGGUAAUGUUGUUCCAAGUUGUGAGCUGAACGUGGUGACUUCAACACCCGGCUCCGCUCCAUAUAUUCUCUUCUACCGUCGAUCCGAUACCCUCGUCGGUGGAGAGAAAACUAGAAAGUGAAAUACUACUGGUGCUUGUUAUCAUUGUUUAGAUGUAUUUGAUCUUAUAAAACGGUUAAUACUGGUGAAUAUGAGUGAAUAAGUGAAUCCUAGUCUGCUUGAAGCAAACAUAAGAUGUCUUAACAUUUUUCUCUACUAAAUGUCUCAUUCAAGACCUGAGAAACAUGCUUUUUGUUACUUGCAUCAAUUGUUAUAUAACAUAUUUAGAUUACAUGAUUUCUAGUGCAGCUACCAAAAAUCAAGUAUUAAUAUUAAUUCUCUUAGAUAACCCUGCGAUACAAAAUUUGUUCUCAAAUUAUUAUUUCCUUUUUCUCAUGCUGAUUUUCCUUAAAUUUUUGUACAAAAAAAUAUUUUUCAAUAUUUGGGACAAAAUG